AUGCCCCAGCGUAAUGAGCCCAUCGAGUCGGCAGCCUGGGAGGAGGUAGUCAGCAGGCUUGACUACCAACAACCCACCGCCCAUGGACAAGCAAUACAACUAAAUGGUCCAAUUCACGGUCCUAUAAACUUUUUCAUCGGCGUGGACCACAAGGAUCGAGCAAAAUUCAGACGCGAUCGAGAGAAAGAGGUCGAGGCGGAACUCUUCGAUGGGUCUGCUAGAUACGAUUUGACUGCGACCCUUUCCUUGGUAGCCAGUCCAGUCGAUGGGACGUGUGAAUGGAUACUGGAAGACCCGUCUUACCAAAACCUGGCUGCGAAAUGGACGGGGCGACUCUCAAUUCCUGUGGAUUCGUGGAAAACCUGGCAUGGGGAAGAGCGUCCUGAGUCAACGCCGCUGUGUUGCUUCUUCUCCUUCUCGCGGGAUCGCCUAGGCCAUGAGCUUGCGCAAGGCUUCCUAUCUCAACUGGUUCGAUCCCAACCCGAUUUAGUGCAAUACAUGGAGAGGGAUUUCCACCUUGGCAAAGAUUCUGGGGGGCUGUUCAGCAGUACGAAUCGGGAUGCUCUUUGGGCUACUUUCGAAACUGCCCUGUCAAAUGCAACCACCGAUAAGGUCUUCUUGAUCAUUGACGCACUUGACGAAUGCGAAAGUUCAUCGACACAAUGGGUUUUUGAGAGACUUGCACGACUUGGAUCGAGUUCUAUUGGUCCAACAAGAAAGAUUCUUUUCACGAGUAGACUCUCUGCGUCUUUGAAGGAAAGCAUGUUUGAGGGCUCUAGCAUCAUCGACCUUGAUUUGCUAGCGGCACAGGGAGCCCUUGAUCAUGAUAUUAACCGCAUUGUUUCUUCGCGUAUUCUUGGUCAAUUCCAUGGCCACAGAGACGAUCAGAAUAUCUCAAAUGAGAUCAUAAAAGCCCUGACUGAAAAGUCCAACGGGUAUAUCUUGUGGUCCAUACUGGCAACAGCAGUGCUACUGCGACUUAGUGCCGAGGGGCCUAAAUUGAUGCACAAGGCUGUGUCAGAACUUCCCAUGGGGCUUGACGGAUUGUACUAUGUUUUGUUGUUUUCGAACGUUGACCCUAGGUAUCGAACACGGGUUGGACCGGUGUUGGCGUGGGCCAUGUAUGCCUCACGACCCUUGACCGUCAGCGAACUGUCUUGCGUGAUAAGGCAGGACGAUAUCGAUUUAACACGGCUGGACAACCGAAUGAAGUAUCACACUGAGCCCACUUGGAGAUUUAUUAUUUUGAAUGAAGGCAGCCACAGUCUUCGAUUCCUUCACCACCCGACCGCCAAGGAGUUCCUCAAGAGUGUGGACCAUGCCAAUCCAGACCUGGCUGGGUUCAUGGAAGACAAGGCAGCUCACCGCAUGAUUGCGAAAAGCACAUAUCUCUCUCUCUUCGAAACCUCUUCCUCACGGAGCCCAAGCCCGUCAGCUGAGAGUUCUUCAACCAUUGCAUCUACUGUUUCGCCCCUGCACAAUUAUGCGUCGCAGUACUGGACGGAACAUGUUCGUCGAGCAUCUGCAGAUGUCGCCGAUAUCUUCGACCCCGACGAUGCGUUUUCUAGACCAAAGUCCAUGAUCCGAUACCGGUGGCUAAAAACCCACCAUGCAACUGAAAUGCGCGGUCUGGAGAAACCCGAAGAUUUCGACAUGACGUACCUUGCAGCUUCUUCGGUCUGA